CGGCCGGUGCUCGGCCUAGACUCUCCGUGUGUCACACAUUCAGUCAGUCGGGGGCGACUUGGAUAGACCUAAGAGAGACCCCCUCGCGGUUUGCUUAGGAUACCCCAAAGUCUGCAUUUCAUCUCGUUUGUAACAACAAAGACAACACCCUCAACUUCACACAACAAUGGCUCUCGCUGCCCAGAAGAACCGUGAGAUGUUCGCCAUCAAGAAGUCUUACAGCAUCGAGAAUGGCUACCCAGCCCGGAGGCGGUCGCUUGUUGACGACGCCCGAUUCGAAACUUUGGUCGUCAAGCAGACCAAGCAAUCCGUUCUGGAAGAAGCCCGCCAGCGUUCAAACGAUAGUGAAUGCAACCCCGACAUUCUGGAUUUCCAUCAAGAUGACAGUUCCCCGUACCUGGAGGAACCAUACACGGACAGCGAGCACGAGGCUGAUGAGUCCAACUUGGAGCAUAAGCCUCGCGCUGCUGAAAAUAACGAGGAGGAUAAAGACCAGUUCCUGACUGAAGAGGAAGCCCUCCUGGGCCAGGACAUCGAGCAGCGCGGCAAUGAGCUGCAGAACGCGUCCUUGCUGGCGUGCUUCCGCGACGGCAUCGGCGGACUGGCCCGCGUUCUCAAGACCGUCGAGAACUACAGCGGCGUCAUCAACCACGUCGAGUCGCGUCCUUCCAAGGACAACGGCGUCCAAUUCGACGUGCUCAUCCGCGUCGAGAUGACCCGCCAGAAUCUGCUGCUGCUGCUCCGCUCGCUGCGCCAGAGUGCCAGCCUCGCCGGCGUCACUCUGCUCCAGGAGGAGACCAACUCCGUCAGCGUCAAAGACCCCUGGUUCCCCCGCCAUGCCAGUGACCUGGACAACUGCAACCACCUGAUGACGAAAUAUGAGCCUGAACUUGACAUGAACCACCCCGGAUUUUCUGAUAAGGAGUACCGCGCUCGCCGCAAGAUGAUUGCCGAAAUCGCUUUCGCCUACAAAUACGGCCAACCCAUCCCCCACAUUGAGUACGUGCAGACUGAGAUCGACACCUGGAACGCCGUGUUCGGACAGGUGUGCGACCUGGCGCCCAAGCAUGCUUGCAAAGAGUACAAUAUCAUCUUCGAGAACCUGAAGAAGGAAGGAAUCUUCCGCGUUGGCGCCGUGCCUCAGCUGCAGGAGAUGAACGACUUCCUGAGGAGACACACCGGCUUCACCCUGCGUCCCGCCGCCGGCCUGCUGACCUCUCGCGAUUUCCUCGCCUCGCUGGCCUUCAGGGUGUUCCAGAGCACCCAGUACGUGCGCCACCGCACCUCGCCCUAUCACACCCCCGAGCCCGACUGCAUCCACGAGCUUCUGGGACACAUGCCCCUGCUCGCCGACGCCAGCUUCGCCCAGUUCAGCCAGGAGAUCGGACUCGCCUCGCUCGGCGCCUCCGAUAGCGAAAUUGAGAAGCUUUCGACGGUUUACUGGUUCACCGUCGAGUUCGGUCUGUGCAAGGAGAACAGCCAGGUGAAGGCGUACGGCGCCGGCCUGCUCUCAGCCUACGGAGAGCUGUUGCACGCCAUCAGCGACAAGCCGGAGCACAGGCCCUUCGAGCCCCAGCUCACCGCCAUCCAGCCCUACCAAGAUCAGGAGUACCAACCCAUCUACUACGUUGCUGAGAGCUUCGAGGACGCUAAGGAGAAGUUCAGGCGCUGGGUGAGUGACAUGUCGCGGCCCUUCGAGGUCAGGUUCAACCCCCACACCGAACGCGUCGAGGUGCUCGACUCGGUUGACAGACUCGACGCGCUCGUGUCCCAGAUGAACCUGGAAAUGCUGCACCUGACCAACGCCAUCAAGAAACUGAAGGCCCGCUAACCAAAUCGCCCCUCACCUCGCACCAUCUGCAACCAUGCAUCUCCACCACCACCACCCCCGCGUCACUCUUAAUUUUAUUUAAUAUCUCACUCGUCGCGUCGUCCUCCUUGUUAUUUUAUAAUAAUAUAUUAUAUAUGAAUGUGUAUUAUUUUUGUAGGCCUAAGUGUGAUUUUGACAAUUUUUUUGCUGUGUUACUCUCUGCUCGAUUGAGGCUGCUUCUCCAGCUCAGUCUCUCUUGGUCCUUUUUAAGUGAAAUAUUAUUUUAUCGAUGUUCUCACGUGAACCUCAAAUGACCACUGUGUAGAAACUGUCCGAAUUAGCGAGUAGCCUCCUCAAGUGGAAUAAACUCAAAGCAUCAACAGCAAAAA